AUGGCGAAGGAGGAGGAGAAGCCGAAGGCGCAUGACAAGGGUAAAGGCAAAGCAGAAGAAGGCAAACCGACGAAUGGUGCCAACGGUACCAAGGAAGCUGGCAAAGAUGGAAAGAAGGAUGGCGACCUGAUCAUGCCACCGGAAGAGCUGAAUGAGGAAGAUCAGAAGCUCAAGGACGAGCUGGACAUGCUUGUGGAGCGAUUAACAGAGUCGGAUGCGUCUCUGUACAAGGCGGCGCUCGAAGCCAUCAAGACGAGCAUCAAGACCUCGACGAGUUCGAUGACGGCGGUGCCAAAGCCACUGAAGUUCCUCCGACCACAUUACGAUAAGCUCUGCGAGGCAUACGAGCGGUGGCCAAAAGGCGAGAACAAGGACUCUCUUGCAGACACAUUGUCCGUCCUGGGCAUGACAUACUCUGAUGAUGAAGAUCGUCGAGAUACACUCAAAUACCGCCUGCUCGCGCCUGGGACUGACAUUGGCUCCUGGGGACACGAGUACAUGCGCCAUCUCGCGCUGGAAAUCGGGCAGGAGUACCAGAAGAGGUUGGACGACGGCAAGGAUAUUGAUGAUAUUACGCAGCUCGUCCUCACUAUCGUUCCCUUCUUCCUCUCCCACAACGCCGAUGCCGACGCCGUCGAUAUCCUGUCCGAGCUGGAGAUGAUUGAGUCCAUCAAGGACCAUCUCGAUGAGAACACUUACCGACGUGUAUGCUUGUAUAUGGUCACCAUGGUCCCUCUGCUCACAUACCCCGAAAACGACCGAUUCCUCCGCACCGCCCACGACAUUUACGUCCAUUUCAAACAGCUCCCACAAGCACUUUCUCUCGCCAUUCGACUCAACGACAUGGAGUUGAUCAAAUCGGAUUUCAACGCCGCAACAGAAAAAGCACUGAAGCGUCAACUUGCGUUCAUCCUGGCGAGACAGCGGAUAUGCCUGGACUUGGAGGGCGAGGAUGCUGAUGAUGUUGAGCUUCAAGAGUGCCUCAACAACACCAAGCUGCCUGAGCACUUCAAGUCACUCGCGAAAGAGCUCAACGUGCUUGAUCCCAAAGUGCCGGAGGACAUCUACAAGUCGCAUCUCGAAUCAAGCCGAACCGCAGGCCUCACCAAUACCGACUCUGCACGCCACAACCUCGCUUCCGCUUUCGUCAACGCCUUCGUCAACGCUGGAUUCGGUGAUGACAAGAUGAUGUUGGUCGAAGGAGGCGUCAAGCAAAGCUGGAUCUGGAAGGUCAAAGAGGAGGGCAUGGUUUCGACGGCAGCAUCCGCGGGUAUGCUCAUGCUGUGGGACGUUGAGAUGGGCCUGGACAAGAUCGAUGCAUACACAUACGUGCCGGAGGACCAAAUUAAGGCCGGGGCUGCGAUGGCUAUGGGUAUCAUGAACUCUGGUGUUCGACUCGACAGUGACCCUACCAUGGCACUGCUUGGUGACUUUGAGGACAAGUCGGUCAGUGAGCGCGUGUCCCGAAUCAUGGGUCUCGGUCUCGCCUAUGCCGGAUCGAACAAGGAGGACCUGCUCGAGCUGCUCCUCCCCAUCGUCACGGAUACUGGUUUGGAUAUGCAAUUGUCUGCUGUCGCGGCACUGUCUCUUGGCCUCGUAUUCGUUGGCUCGGCACAAUCUGAUGUCAGCGAAGCGAUUAUUCAGACAUUUCUCGACGAGGAUCGCAACAAGCAGUUGAAGGAUAAGUGGACCCGAUUCAUGACUCUCGGUCUGGCACUCCUGUACUUUGGUCAGCAAGAAGAGGUGGACGUAGUUCUGGAGACGCUAAAGGCCAUCGACCACCCCAUGUCCAAGCCGGCGUCUGUGCUUGCCGAGAUUUGUGCGUGGGCUGGAACUGGCGCCGUGUUGAAGCUACAACAACUCCUCCACGUCUGCAACGAGCACAUCGAGGACAAGGAUGAUGACAAGGAUGACAAGGACGACAAGAAGGACGGCGAGGAGGUCGAUGUCGCUGGCGAGCAGCUCGUCCAAGCGUACGCUGUCCUUGGUCUCAGUCUGGUGGCAAUGGGGGAGGAGGUCGGACAGGAGAUGGUCCUGCGUCAAUUCGGCCAUCUCAUGCACUACGGCGAGCCCAACAUCCGCAAAGCCGUCCCUCUUGCCAUGGGUCUGAUCAGCCCUUCAAACCCACAGAUGAAAGUCUACGACACGCUAUCGAGGUACUCCCACGACAACGACAUCGAUGUCGCCGUCAAUUCCAUCUUCGCAAUGGGUAUGCUGGGAGCAGGCACCAACAACGCACGUAUUGCGCAACUCCUUCGACAACUCGCUUCCUACUACCACCGCGAUGCAAACGCUCUCUUCAUGGUCCGCAUCGCCCAAGGCCUGCUGCACAUGGGCAAGGGCACACUCACCAUCAACCCUUUCCACACCGACCGCUCAGUUCUGUCCAAGGUCGCUGCCGCGGGUCUCCUCACCGUCACACUUUCUCUCAUCGAUAACCCAAAGGCUUUCAUCUUGGGAGACAACCACUACCUCCUCUACUACCUGGUCACAGCCAUGUACCCGCGUUUCCUGGUUACUCUGGACGAGGAUCUCAAGCCAGUGCAGGUCAAUGUGCGAGUCGGUCAGGCGGUGGAUGUGGUCGGUCAAGCUGGUCGUCCCAAGACCAUCACUGGCUGGCAAACACAGUCGACUCCAGUCCUGCUCGGAUACGGCGAGCGUGCGGAGUUGGAGGACGAGGAGUGGAUUUGCUUGUCGAAUGUGAUGGAGGGUAUCUGCAUAUUGAAGAAGAACCCGGAGUGGCAAGCUCCGUAAGAAGCUAUGGAGCGGCGAGCAUUGGCAGAGCAGUGACAUCCCUUCAAGUAUGAUGGGCUUCGACCGAGUUUCGCGAUCAUGUCUAGGUAGCACACUUAGAUUCCAGCAUGGUGGAUGCUGGCAUAGGCCCGCAAGCUCUCCAGCAGCGACCAUACUAUACAGUCAGUUCACGGCAAGCUCCUCAUUCGUUUCC